UAGGGUAAGGAGCACAUGUGACCAGAGGAGGUCUGCGAGGGAUGUCGGCUCAGGAGCUCACUGUCCGUCUGUGCCAGGAGGGAGACCGGCACCUGGCCCUGGGUGAGCUCCCCCUGGCCACCGCCUUCUACUUGGCCGCAUUCAGCUGCCACCCGUCCUCAGUGGUGCAGAGGGCACAGCAGUCACUGAGCCAGGAGCAGACGGGGCGGGUGGUCUCCGUGCUGGAGGCCUGGUGCCGGGGAGAAGCCCAGAUCCCCUCUAUCCACUGGGACGGAAUGGCUGUGGUCUCCCUCACCGUGGCCCUGGCUGCGGCCUUCCUCGGCGCCCUCCAGCCUAACAACCUGGCCGCCUCCCUCUACAAACUGACCGCCCUGACGGGGCAGGGACGCCACGAGGAGGUGGCCAGGAGAUGCGAGGCGCUUCUGGAGGGCCCCGCUGCAGGAUCCCUGGAGCUGCGGCUCGUGCGAGCUCUGGCCUGGGUCCUGUCCGGGACCAAAGCGGGCGCAGGUGUGAGCGAGUACCUCCAGGCUUUCGUCACACAUGCCCAACAAACUCUGGACUUCAUCCUCUCUCAGCAGCAGGACCACCUGCCCCUGCUCAUCAGCGCCUGCCAGGAUCACCUCCUGGAGCCCAGCGAGGCCGAGGCAGCUGGAGGCCGGUGGGGCAGUGACUGCCGGCGCUUCCUGGCGGCCCUGGCGCCCAGCGAGACGCGGGCAGCCUCCGCCCAGGCCCUGUCUCUGCUUAGGACGGGCAGAUUGGAGGAGUGCAUGACCACGUGCAGCCGAGCCCUUGAAUCAGCCUCCACGGUGGGCAAACUCCAAGGAGAGGGUCCUUCCAUCCUGCUGGUUACCCGGGCAGCAGCCUCCUUCUCCCUCGGUCGCCAGAGCCGGGAGGCUCUCCAGGACCUCCAGGAGGCCUUCCGGCUGAAUCCGGACCGGGCUAAGAGGCACUUCGAGGACGUGUUCUCCCCCGGGGACGUCGAGCGGAUCCUGGCGCAGGCCCAGGAGACGCUGGAGACGGACUUCGCGCUCUUCCGAGAAGCAGUGAGGACUCGGGAGGAGCUCCGAGCCGACGGGGGGAUGGAGCUGCUGCCUCCCAUCCUCCACAGCCUGCGCUUCCUCCUCCGCGUGGCCCCCCUGGGAGCGCAGCGGGAGCUGAGCGUCCGCCUCAUCGACUGCCUGCUGCUGUCCGGGGACGGCCGAGCGGCCCUGGGGCUCUGCGACCGCCUCCUCGGCUCCGAGCACCCCACCUACCUCAGCACGCUGCUCACGCUGCGGGGCUUCUGCAGCCUCCACGCAGGGGAGGCCGGGCCGGCCCUGGCGGACUUCCAGGCGGUGAUAGAGCACGAGGCCCCGCAUCCCGGCAGCUGCGUGAGAGCGCUGUGCGGCCGCGGGCUGCUGCGCCUCCUGGCCGGCAGCCCGUACUUGGCCACUCUGGACUACAUCACGGCCUCCAGGUUGAGGCUGCAGGAGGCCGUCUUCACCGUCAAGUCCUACGUCCCGUGGAACCAGCGGGGGCUGCUGCUGAAGGUGCUGCAGGAGGAAGGGCAGAAAAUGCUGCAGAACAGACCCGAGCCCGGCCCGGGGGGCCCCGGCCCCGGCCGGAAGAAGGCAACCGAGGAGGAGGGCGGCCCUGCCGCCAAAGAGGGGGAUGCUUGUGGGGUGCACCAGCUGGCAGCCCUGCUGAUGGAGCUGGAUCCGAGUGAGGAGAUAUCCAGGCUUCUGAGUGCAGAUGCUCUCUACCAAAUGGGCCGUAUUGAAGACGCACACAAGACCCUCUUGGUGGCACUGUCCAAGAGCCCCCACACGGCCCCCAUCCUGGCCCGCUUGGCCCUGCUGCAGCUACGGAAGGGCUUUUUCUACGAUGCCAACCUGCUGAUAAAGAAAGUGAUCCAGAUUGGAGACACCUCCUGCCUCCAGCAAAUCAUGGAGAUCUUCAGGGAAGAGGACCGGAAGCUACUACAGACUCACUGCCAUUCUAGGGCUGUGACGAUCCUGAAGAAUAAACAGGGGGACACAUAUACCAAAGAGGCCAUCGCCUACCUCUCUCUUGCCAUCAUUGCCUCAGGAAGUCAGGCAAGGGAAUCCCUCCUGGCCAGAGCCCGAUGCUAUGGUCACUUAGGCCAGAAGAAAACAGCCAUUUAUGACUUCAACACCAUUCUCAAGACUGACCCUACCAAUGUGCAGGCUCUGUGUGGUCGGGCAUUUAUGCAUCUGGUUCUGAAUCAGCAGAAGGAGGCUGUGGACAGCAUCAUCUCUGCUCUUACCUUGGAUAUGGCAGGUGUGGUCCCUGAGAUCUUGUCACUGAAGCAAGAAGCCCAGGCCUUCAUCACUCAAGGCCUCUACUCCCACUGUAGAACUGGGCUGAACCAGCUGGCUUCAGACAGGAGCCUUCCUAGGGAAGAAGCCUCUGAAAAACUGCUGGCCAUCGGAGAAGCGCUCAUUAAAAUAGAUGCCACAAAAUCCAGCUGGAGAAUCCUCCUUGUGGAUGUUUUGAUUUUGACAGGUUGCUAUGAGAAAGCUCUUGAACAUCUACAAGAAGUCCUUGGACCCACUCCCAGGUCUGAGCCUGCCCAGGCCCGGCUGGGUUUCCUCCAGUUAAAGAAGAGAGAACUUGUAGCUGCUAUUCACAACUUGGAGCCUCUAGCUGGGAAAGACCCCAAGGAUCUGGGCUUCCUCUUGCAUCUGUUGGACACCAAGCAGCGGCACAGUCUCUCACAGGCAGCAGCUGAAGAAGGAAAUGCCCUAGGAAAGGAUCAGUGCCCAGAGAAGGCUCUUGGUUAUUACACCCUGGCUGUCCUGGCCAGCAAUGGGAACCCCAGAUACCUCCGGCUGAGGGCGUCCUGCCUGUCCCACCUGCAGGACUUCAGUCGUGCCCUCAAGGACUUGGACAAAGUGAUUCAGAAGCACACAGCCAGUGACCUUCAGACACAAGUGGAAGAUUUUUGCUCUCGAGGCCGUCUGUUUUUGGGCCUCAGAGACGAGGCCAGUGCCGUGGAAGAGUUCAUCCGAGCCUUCCAGCUCUCUCCAUCCCUGGCUCUGCGGAGUGUGUCUGCUCAGCCAGGACCCAAACAACUGGCCCAGAUGUUUCACGUGGCAGGUCAGCACUGCUUAGAGGAACAGCGCUAUGAGGAUUCAUGGAAGGUGAUAGAGUAUGGCCUUCUUCUAGAUGAAAACAGCAGCGAUUUGAAGAAGCUUCGAGGGAGGCUCAAGAGAGAAAUCUCAUGGGGCUGCAGUAUUCACUGAAUUGCAGAAAAAGAAAGACCUUUAAAAGCCAACCCCUCCACUUCUCCCUGGGUAGUAUCCGUCCUCCUUUGUUUAGAGAGGGCAGGGGAAAGUGGUCUUUUAACAUGAGACUUAAUCACAGUGGCUGUCCAUUUUUUCUGUUAUCUUCCUGACAGACUGUCAACUGCUUUUUAGAGGACAAAAUUGAGAUAUCCAAAAUUAGCCUAAAUAAUAAUAAUAAAAACUAUCAUUUGCAUUGCACUUUAA